GGUAGAGACUUAAUUUCGGGAUUGCAGGCGGCGUCUCCUGAGGACAAGGGGAAAGCCGGUGCUGCGCGCCCGCCUGCCCGCCCUCCCCGCCGCUGCCCGGAACUCUGGACUCCACGGAAUCCAGGUCAGGACGCGCCGCCGUCCUGGAACUGUCCCUGGCCGCUUAAUGGGCAAAGCUCUCGGCUCGCCCAGAAACCAGACCCUUCGCGCGUCCCCUCCGCGCGACGAGGCCGAGACGAGUCCCGCGGUGACGGCGUGCAAGGCGGUGAGCCAGCGCGCUCCCAGCCCCGGGAAAGCCCCGGCGACGCGACUGCAAGCCCUGGGCCCUCGGAGCCGCCAGGGCGCGCCGGGCCGCUCGCCUUCUUGCCCCUCCCGGCAGGGAUCCCCUCGCUGCCUGCGGCCGGGACUCCGGGCCUCUUCGGGGAUUAGUCCCGGGUCCGCCCCCGAGUCGGGGUUUUCCGGGGGGGUCUUCGGAGCGGUUCUCCCAUCCCCUUAAAACAGCGCCGAGGGACCUCUCCCCAGGCCCCCUGCUCUCGCCCCAGCCCUCGCACUCCGGAUGCGCUGCCCCGCAGCUCCCUGAAAGCCGCUAGCCCACGAGCCCGGCCGGUGGGCGGCGGCGGCAGACUGACAUGCCCCGGACGCGGCUGCGGCCGGCGGGCAGCCCGCGGGGGCGAUGAGCCGCUGCGGCCGGUGAGGAGCCCGGCGGCGGGGUCAUCGCGCACCUUCCUCAACCCCCUCACUUGCCCACCCCGCCCGGGAGAUCGAGAGGAAACGGUCUCUGGACUGUCAGGUGGACCAUUGGUGCUGCAGUGGAAGCCAGCGGCUAAGUCUUGUGUAUGGCGUGGUUAAGGCUGCAGCCUCUUACCUCUGCCUUCCUCCAUUUUGGGCUGAUUACCUUUGUGCUCUUCCUGAAUGGUCUUCGGGCAGAGGCUGGCGGCUCAGAGGAUGUGCCCAGCACAGGGCAGAACAAUGAGUCCUGUACAGGGUCAUCGGACUGCAAGGAGGGUGUCAUCCUGCCAAUCUGGUACCCAGAGAACCCUUCCCUUGGAGACAAGAUUGCCAGGGUCAUUGUCUAUUUUGUGGCCCUGAUAUACAUGUUUCUCGGGGUGUCCAUCAUUGCUGAUCGCUUCAUGGCAUCUAUUGAAGUCAUCACUUCUCAAGAGAGAGAGGUGACUAUCAAAAAGCCCAAUGGAGAGACCAGCACAACCACGAUUAGGGUCUGGAACGAAACUGUCUCCAAUCUGACCCUUAUGGCCCUGGGUUCCUCUGCUCCUGAGAUCCUCCUCUCUUUAAUUGAGGUGUGUGGUCAUGGGUUCAUUGCUGGUGAUCUGGGACCUUCUACCAUUGUAGGCAGUGCAGCCUUCAACAUGUUCAUUAUCAUUGGUAUCUGCGUCUACGUGAUCCCCGAUGGAGAGACUCGCAAGAUAAAGCACCUCCGAGUCUUCUUUGUCACUGCUGCUUGGAGCAUCUUUGCCUACAUCUGGCUCUAUAUGAUCCUGGCCGUCUUCUCUCCUGGUGUGGUCCAGGUUUGGGAAGCCCUCCUCACUCUCUUCUUCUUUCCAGUGUGUGUCCUUCUGGCCUGGGUGGCAGAUAGGCGACUGCUCUUCUACAAAUACAUGCACAAAAAGUACCGCACAGAUAAACACCGAGGAAUCAUCAUAGAGACAGAGGGUGGCCACCCCAAGGGCAUCGAGAUGGAUGGGAAAAUGAUGAAUUCCCACUUCCUAGAUGGGCAUCUGGUGCCCCUGGAAGGGAAGGAAGUGGAUGAGUCCCGCAGGGAGAUGAUCCGGAUUCUCAAGGAUCUGAAGCAAAAACACCCAGAGAAGGACUUAGAUCAGCUGGUAGAGAUGGCCAAUUACUAUGCUCUCUCCCAUCAACAGAAGAGCCGCGCCUUCUACCGGAUCCAGGCCACCCGUAUGAUGACUGGCGCAGGCAAUAUCCUGAAGAAGCAUGCAGCAGAACAAGCCAAAAAGGCCUCUAGCAUGAGCGAGGUGCACACUGAUGAGCCGGAGGACUUUGUCUCCAAGGUCUUCUUUGACCCGUGCUCUUACCAGUGCCUGGAGAACUGUGGGGCUGUGCUCCUGACAGUGGUGAGGAAAGGGGGGGACAUGUCCAAGACCCUGUAUGUGGACUACAAAACAGAGGAUGGUUCUGCCAAUGCGGGGGCUGACUAUGAGUUCACAGAGGGCACUGUGGUUCUGAAGCCAGGAGAGACCCAGAAGGAGUUCUCUGUGGGCAUCAUUGACGAUGACAUUUUUGAGGAGGAUGAACACUUCUUUGUGAGGUUGAGCAACGUUCGCAUAGAGGAGGAGCAGCCAGGGGAGGGGAUGCCUCCCAGAGUACUCAAUACUCUUCCCUUGCCUCGGGCUGUCCUGGUGUCCCCUUGUGUGGCCACAGUCACCAUCUUGGAUGAUGAUCAUGCGGGCAUCUUCACUUUUGAAUGUGACACUGUUCAUGUCAGUGAAAGUAUUGGUGUCAUGGAGGUCAAGGUUCUGCGGACAUCAGGUGCCCGGGGCACAGUCAUCGUACCCUUUAGGACAGUAGAAGGGGCCGCCAAGGGUGGUGGUGAGGAUUUUGAAGACACAUAUGGGGAGAUGGAGUUCAAGAAUGAUGAAACUGUGAAAACCGUAAGGGUUAAAAUAGUAGAUGAGGAGGAAUACGAAAGGCAAGAGAAUUUCUUCAUUGUCCUUGGUGAACCGAAAUGGAUGGAACGUGGACUAUCAGAGGUGACAGACAGGAAGCUGACUGUGGAGGAAGAGGAAGCCAAGAGGAUAGCAGAAAUGGGAAAGCCAAUAUUGGGUGAACACCCCAAACUAGAGGUCAUCAUUGAAGAGUCCUAUGAGUUCAAGACUACCGUGGACAAGCUGAUCAGGAAGACAAACCUGGCCUUGGUUGUGGGGACCCAUUCCUGGAGGGACCAGUUCAUGGAGGCCAUCACUGUCAGUGCAGGGGACGAAGAUGAGGAUGAGUCAGGUGAGGAGAGGCUGCCCUCCUGCUUUGACUACGUCAUGCACUUCCUAACGGUCUUCUGGAAGGUGCUUUUUGCCUGCGUGCCCCCCACAGAGUACUGCCACGGCUGGGCCUGCUUUGUCGUCUCCAUUCUCGUCAUCGGCAUGCUCACAGCCAUCAUCGGGGACCUGGCCUCCCACUUCGGCUGCACCAUUGGCCUCAAGGACUCGGUCACGGCUGUUGUCUUUGUGGCGUUUGGCACCUCUGUGCCAGAUACGUUUGCCAGCAAAGCAGCCGCCAUCCAGGACGUGUACGCAGAUGCCUCCAUUGGCAACGUCACGGGCAGCAACGCCGUCAACGUCUUCCUGGGCAUCGGCCUGGCCUGGUCCGUGGCCGCCAUCUACUGGGCCCUGCAGGGACAGGAGUUCCACGUGUCAGCGGGCACGCUGGCCUUCUCUGUCACCCUCUUCACCAUCUUCGCGUUUGUGUGCGUCAGCGUGCUCUUGUACCGCCGGCGGCCCCACCUGGGCGGGGAGCUGGGCGGCCCUCGUGGCUGCAAGCUGGCCACGACUUGGCUGUUUGUGAGCCUGUGGCUUCUCUACAUACUCUUUGCCACGCUGGAAGCCUACUGCUACAUCAAGGGGUUCUGAGCCGCAGCAGCCCUGGAGAGGCAGCAUCAGGACCCGAGCCCCAGGAACUUCCCCCCGACUAGGCCCUGGCAGUGAACUGAAAGGGCGGAGUCUUAGUCAAUCCAACAGAAUGGAGGAGAUACCCAUUUUACAAAGUAUUUAAUUCAAUACAAACCAACAACGGCGACAAAUCCAACUCCAGCCCAUCUUCCCGAGAUGUCCCUGACCCAUCACAUAGACCCUUUCACCACCUUCGAUACCACCUUCUUCUGAUUAUUCCUUUGCUUCUACUUUCCUCGGGGGCAGGGUUUCUCCUGUCUGUCCAAUUUGAUAUAUCACCGUUCUCUCACUCCACUGGCGAGGCUUGAAAAUGAGUCCUAUCCACGUGGCUGGCUUGGGGUUCUCUUUUCAUUGCCAUCAUUAUCGUGGUGGCUUUCAUUUUCCCAUCAGGUUUUGCUCAUCAUUUGUUUGUUCAUCUUGUCUUUUCUCUCUGAGGUUAGUGACAACGGUGCUGUGAAGGAACUCAAGGUCUGAGCCGAUGGGUAGAAGCAUGAACUUUCAGACACACCCUCUCCCACUUGCACUGGGUAACAGCUGUCUCUUGCUCCAUCGAGGUCCUUUUCCCCCUUUCCUUUUAUUCUCUUCAUUCUUGAAUGGGCUGGUGGCAUUUGGGUGGCAGUAAGUUUGCACACCCAGGCAGCGUGCUAAAGAACUGGGGCUGUGGCUGGAGCACAGCUUUCUAUCAAGCUUCUGUCGAAAUCCAGUUUAAAAAAAGAAGUCAUUUUUCUCUUCCCUGCCCGAGCCUUUCAAAUUCUGUCUCAUUGUGUCAAUGUCUAUAUGUUUACCCUUCUGCAGGAAGACCCACCAAACAGGAGAUAGGGGACAAAAAUAGGAAUGGAAUAUGAUGACAUAGGGCAGCUAGGGGAACAGAAGGGCUAUAUGCCUUCUAGAACAUCUUUGGCUUCAUAUCUGAGGCAGGAGAGAUGCGAUGUCCACCUAGUGAGAUCUUUAAGGGAAAAGAUUAUAUGUAAAAUGUCAGUGCUUCUGAGAAAUGUCAGCUUUACCACACCCUCACUUCCUAAUGCACCAGACUAAGAGCUCUGACUGUGUCUCUUGAUUUAAUGCAAAAAAAGUUUUAUAAGAAAAUGAGGGCCUCCUUCCACCUCUCCUGGACUCUCCGGUCACAUUUGAAAGUAUUUUCACAAGACAGGAACUGGAAUUCCUCAUCUCUCCCACAUUCCUGCUUGUUUUUAAACCUCUUGAAGCUCUUUUUCCAGCCUGUGGGCUAUUUCUUGCCCCAGUAGGAGGAAUCUAAGCUGCCAUAAUCCCAUGGAGCCUGGGUUUAUAGAGAGAUUGGCGUGCCCUACAGACCUUUUCCCAACAAAUUUUGAAAGGACCUGGCUUUAAAACACACACACACACGCACACACGUACACGCGUGCGCGCACACAUACACACACACAAAUAACCACACAUAUGAAAUCACCAAAAGACUGCCCACAGACCUUUAGGCUUUCUGCAUUGACAUAAAUACAUUUUUUAAGGGAAAAGAAGAAAUUAAAAAACACCUGUUUAAUUUUAAACACAUUUUUUAAGAAAAAAUAGCUGAAAAAGAAACAGCGUUCAUGUCAUAAGCUAUGUUGACAGUUGCCAGUGGAAAUGUUGGGUUGGUUUAAAAAAAAAAAAUAAAAGCUAUACUUAUAUCUCUCUAAAGACAGCUUGCUUCUCCCCAUGUUGCCUCAGGAAAAGGUCUAGGGGGUCACCUUGGGUUCCUUCUGGAGCUGAAGUGGUUGAGGUGAAAGUGUCAUCUCCUAUUUGUGUCUCCUAUUUGUAUCCGUCAUGUCCUCAGAUGCCAAUGUGCCAGACCCAGGAUAUUUAAAGCAAAAAAUGCUUGAGGACAAUGCUACCUGUCAAAGUCUGGACUUUAAGAUGCUGGAGGACGUAAGAGGUGGAGCUGUGAUGACUAAAGGGGAAAGAGCGUUUUGUAUUAGAAAGGCCUGGUAGGGCAGGAUUCCAGCUGGACAAACAGCGUCCUGUAUUAAUUACCAAUAGGCACAUUCAUUCAUUCAUUUAUUCAUGACUCUUUCAACAAAUGUAUUUUGAGCACCCUGUGUGCCUUGAGCUACAUUUUGGUGCUACCAUGAAGCGUAAGAUAGAGUUCCUGACCUCAAGAAACUCACAGUCCAGAGAGGCCGGUAGAGCUUCUUUUAACCAAGGCUCUUUUGGUUACAAGAAGCAGAAACCCAUUAAGCUAGUUCAAGAAAUGAAGGGGGCUGGGGCGAUACUGCGAAGGCCUGGUGGGGGGCUCUUGCGGAACCCAAGGCAGGAGCACGGCAGGCCGCGGGGUCCUGAAAGCCCUCAGGAAGCAAGGCCACGUUCCACCUCCCCGAAACCGCAAGGUGUCCCCUGUCUUUCCUCCUUCUGCCUGUCAGGCCUGUCCACUUCCUCCCCCUCCCAACGUGCUCUUGCUUUGUUUGUCUUGCACGUGACCAGCACUGCCACCAGCCCUGACACUCUGCCAUGACCUCACAGCUCUGUUCCCCACAACGAACUAGAGAGUCCCUUUUUAAAUCUGAGUGCGGGUUCAAUGGAGAAAAUGUGGCCAAUUUUCCAUCCCCAAAGGGCCAGUCCCCAAAGGCAGAACCCUUGUAGAAGGCUGUGUCAAAGGGGUUGGGGUGCCGCGGCCUGAUUACUUUGUGUCAUGUGUUCACUCCUGGUCCGAACAACUCAGGUAAGGAGAGGAGGGUGGCGACCACGUUGUAUGUACUGUCACCCUUUCCGAAAGCUAAGUGACGGGAAGAAGGCUAUGAAGCGCAUGAGCCAUCAAGGUGUGAAGAAAAAUUACAGUUCUGUGCCAUGAGUGGUCAAAAAAUGGCAUAGACAGGGCAUCACAGGGACAUGACAGAAAGAAACACUGACUCAGCCUGCAAGAAUUGAAGAGGGCUUCACAGAGAAUGGAACAGUUAGGUAGGAUCUUGAAGGAAGAAUAAGUAGUGAUUUAACUUGGGGAGGGGGCUUGGUGGUGAAGAACAUUUGAGAAGAAACAGCAUGCUCGAAGGCACAGGGGUGAAUCAGGGGCUGGUGGGGUCAUGGGUUAACAAGAGUUGUCACGGCUAGAAGAUAGCGUUCAAAAGGACACAAAACAACACCAAAAAAGCAGUCCGGGAGAAGGACUUGGCUGGAAGACUCAAUUUUUUGCCAGCCACAAAGUUGAUAAUGAAAAAUUCCCUUCAGCUGAUGAAAUAGUAGAUGCAGAAUCAAGAAAUCAAUUCCUCCCCAUCUUUCCCCUUUUGUGAGUCAUUUCUGGGUUAUCCAGAUGUUAGGCUUUGUCAAGAGAGAAGCUGGGAUGAACCACAGAGAAUGAGGAAGAGGAAUCUGAGGACCUGGUACUAGUCGAGAUGCCACCACUGACUAGUUCUGUGGACUUGAGCCAGGCCACCUUCUCUCAGCUUCCUGAACUACAAAUAAGGUUUUAAUAGAUGGCCUCUGAAGCCCAUUACUUCUACCUUUAACACUGAGAUUCUAGAAUAUAUAUACAAGAGCAGUGUGUGUGUGUGUGUGUGUGUGUGUGUGUGUGUGUAAUCAAAUUGCCCGUCGACCUCAUCAGACGGAGCACAGCAGGUGUCCAUUUGCAAUCCAUUGGCUCCACGGCCUGUCUAUUAGUGUGAAAAAGACACGGCCAGCGUGGUGCACAUGUCAUUUUCAGCAUUUUUUCCUGGCAGAGCCGCAGCAUUCCCAUCCCCUUGACUCAUUUAUUACUUAGAGCAAUGUUAGCUGCUAUAAUAAAGAAACCCCAGUAUGUCAGGGCUGAGCAAAAUGAAAAGUGCAUUUCUCACUCACGUAAUAAUCCAGUGAGAAUGGUCCCGGUCAGCAGGUGGCUUUCUUCUACACGAGGCAGCGGGCUUGUCAGUGUUUUAAAACAAACAUUUUGUGUAAAAUUCUGGAUUUGGGCUUCUCUGGCCACACUGCGUGGCAGUGGAGCUGAUCAGUGGUCACCCCACGUAGACAGGCUUUAUGUUCUCGAUUCACCAGAGUCCCUACCCAGACUGCCACUUUCAUUCACAGGACCUCCUGGUCCCUGGAGCCAUUUAUGCAUGUGACACCUGCUAUGGGGUCAAGGUCUGGGUUUUGCAUGUUGGCCUUCCACGUGUUGGUGCUAACCUCCAGUAUCCUGUGAGGUUUGAAUCCCAGUUAUACCACUUUUACCUUUCGCGGGAUUUUUAAACAAGUGACUUUAACCUCCCUUAGCCUCAGUUUCUCCAAUCCAGACAUACAGUUGUUGCAAAGGUUAAAUGAACGAUUUUUCAAGGCAGCUACCAUAGUGCCCUAUACCUAGCAUGUACCCUGGAAAUAUUCCUUUCAUCUCACAUUAAUGGUUUGUGGUAAAAUCCCUUACAGCUGGUGCCAUCAGGGUCUGACAUGUUCCAGGGGACUGUCAGUGUUUGGGGUGGGGUGGUGGUGAUGGAUGGCCUCAGGCCACUGCAUCCAACAUACCGUCCCUCUAUAUGUUGGUCCAGGCAGGCUCCACGGAAGUGGAGAAAAGCUCUCCAUGGUCUUGCUUCUGUAGCAGGAGCAGGUCUCUAGCUCCUCAGACUGCAUGGGGCACAGAGGUUAAGAUUUAGAGGGAUAGCCAAGGGGCACCAAGACCCCCAGGUCAAGCAAGCCCCUUGGAACAUUGGAGAAGUGGGGCAGAUACGUUUGGCAUCAAAGAAAGAGUGACAAAGAAAGGGACAACAGCCCAUAUAGAGUCUUUCAUGCUAAUAGUAAAGUGGGUCAUGGUGGACAGAAAUACCUGAGGGCUUGCAGAAGGAGGUGAAGCCUUGGGAGAAGCCACGUAGUCUGGCCAAGGUCGUCCUGCAAGUGAGUGGCAGAGCAGGACUUAACUACAUAGGUCCACCAGAUUUCAAAGUCACUGCUUAUUAACUGAAUAUGCACCUGUUGGGUGUGUAAGACAAGCAUUGUUUACUUUCAUAGUGUUGAAGAAGAAAGUUAGGAGCAUAAAUAGGAUGACUUGUCUUGGUUUCUCCAGGACUUUCCUGGGUUUAGCGCUGAAAUCACAUAUUUUAGGAAACCCCUCAGUCCUGGGAAAUAGGGAUGGUUGGUCACCAAAAAAUAUUACAACUGUCUUACAGAGUAAGACUUAGUACAGAAUUGCUACUACUAGUAAAUGGUAGUCACUGCACACACACCUUCUACUAUGUCAUGCUGUCAUGACUGGGUGGCUUAAACAACAGAAAUUUAUUUUCUCACAGUUCU